UGAUAUCGAUGAGGAUGAUGAUGGUGCGCUUCAGCGCGCAUGCUCAGUGCGGUGACGCCGCGGCUGUAAGCGUGAGAGAGCGGCGCAUUAUUUGGCAGCGAGGCGUCGGAGCGGCGCGAGCGACAGCGGAGGGUUGCCCCGGGAUUAUCGUAGUGAAUUACCGGUGGAAAGUGUGAGGAAGAGUCCCGGUACACGGCGCAGAGUCUCCGCGAGCCGGUGCAGUGCAGUGAUGUCGGAGGACUUGUCCCGGCUGACUCGCAGUCAGAAGCGUGCUCUGGAGAGGGAGUCGCUCUCUGUGGAUGGGGACAGUAAGCGUCUAAAAGUUGAAACUGUGGAGCAAGAUGUCAGGACAGUGCUCGCCUCCAAAUCUGAGACUUCCAGCCUCCUUAGUGGAGGGGAAGUGAAGGCCACCAUCAAAGUGGAGGUGCAGACAGGAGACGAGCCCAUGGACAUGAGCACCAAGAAAACUGACCUAAAGGGAGAACGCAGCUCCUUGUCGCCUGAUGAUGUCAUCGUGCUGUCUGAUAAUGAGCCAUCCAGUCCACACAUGAACGGCGGGAAUCACAUUAAAGAGCUCGACACCCAGCUGCUCAUGAGGAGCUCUUCACAUGAACGUGAGCGUGUCAUUAAACAACUGACUGAAGAGCUUCGAUUGGAGGAGACCAAACUCAUCCUGCUGAAGAAACUCAGACAUGCUCAAAUACAGAAAGACUCCAAGCCGAUUGGAUCUGUGCCAUCCCCUCCUGUGAGAACUUCUGCUUCCAGUAAAACAGCACAACCUCAGGUGAUAUCUGGUCGAGGUUCAGAAACCGCGACACUUCCUCCGCUGGUGCGCGGUGGUCAGGUCUCCAAACACGGCGGUUCUCAGAUCAUAAUGCCUCCACUAGUCAGAGGAGCUCAGCCCAUCUCAGUGACGACACAGCAGAUCGCCGGUCUCCGGCCACAGCAGCAGAUCUCAAGUUCAGCUGCUCCGCUACUGCUGGCUCACCGAGCAUCUGUACCCAACGUCCAGGGCCACAAGAUCCUCCAGCCCGGUCUGAUACACGUAACAAACGCCCCCAACGGCAGCCUGCUGGUCAGCAUCAGUCAGACCACAGCUGCAAACCUGAAACCAGCAUCUGCACCGUCGCAGUCGAGCACGUCGAAUGUCACAGAUACUCCGGCCAGUCGUCAGGCGGCGAUGAAACUGGCGCUGCGCAAACAGUUGGAGAAAACUCUACUGGAGAUUCCUUCACCCAAACCACCAGCGGGAGAAUUUAACUUUCUUCCCUCAGCGGCUAAUAAUGAGUUCAUCUACCUGCUCGGGCUGGAGGAGGUGGUGCAGAACCUUCUGGAUUCAAUGGGCCGAGGUAAACAGGGUCUGUACGCCGGGUUAGCUGUCUCUUCCGAAGAGCCAUUUUCCUGCAGUCAAUGUAAGACUGACUUCACCUGUCGCUGGCGCAAAGGCAAGGGCGGAGUGUUCAUUUGUGAGCAGUGCAUGUCCACCAAUCAGAAGAAGGUUGUGAAGACCGAGCACACCAGUCGGCUGAAGUCGGCAUUUGUUAAAGCUCUUCAGCAAGAGCAAGAGAUUCUUUCAAAGUCUCCCAUGUCUUCAUCAUCAUCCCCAGCUCACGGGAUGAAGGUGGAUCAGAGCAAACCACGCUCUUCGCCUUCGAUUCAGCAGGCGCACAGCAGAUCCAGCCAGUCAGUCAACCGCCACCUCGUCUCCAUCAAACAGAAUCCAGUGCAGCUCGCCCGUAGCGUGCAGCCGUCAGUGACUGCGAUUCGUAGCGGAGUUCCUCACUCUUCCUCGGCGUCCUCUCAACUGCGCAACGCAGUGGCGGCCGCAGCGCUGGUAAACAGGCCAGGUAAGCAUGCAGCGCAUCAGGGGUCAAAGGUCAGCAGCAGUGACAGUAAGAGGAAAUCUGACCCCACGACCUCCAGCUGGAGGAAGCAGAUCAGCGUUACACCAGGUGUGACCAUGGCCUAUGUGAAUCCAAGCCUGUCUGUUCAUAAGAGCUCCUCGUCAUCAGUGGAGCGCCAGAGAGAAUAUCUCUUAGACAUGAUCCCAUCACGCUCCGUGUCACAGACCGCAAAUACGUGGAAGUGAUCCUCCAUUUCCUGGAACGUCAGUCUUGAAUCUAGAACUUUCCCAUGAGAUUCUAGAACUGAGAGCUUCAAGGAGAUACAACGAUUCAGUGGUUUUCAUUCGUUAUACACUUCAUUAUAGCCAUAUUCAUUUGCUUCACUCAAUAUUAAUAGCUUGAUUUGAUGAAUAAAGAUCACAGUGUUAAAGGGCUGCUGCUGUGAGAGUCGGAUCAUCUUGUGAACAUCAGAAAUGAAUGAAAAGCUUUAAACCGGCAUUGACGCUCAUGUGAAUGAUUUGCCUUUAAAGAACCAAUCAGGAGUCAUUUUCAUUCCCAAAUUCAGUGCAAACACACACAGUCAUUUGUUAUUGACCUGCGCAUGUCUUUAUUACUUUUGUUUUUAAAAAUAUGACAAGUUUUCAUGAAGAAGAGUUAAGUUAAAACUGUUAAAUGCAAACAAAUUUUUUUUUUUGGAUUUUUGACUUUUGUGUUUGAUUUUCAUUGUGUUUGACUGUAACUGUAGCUGUGUGAACUUUCAGAUCAAUGUUUUUGUUCAAUUAAAACCCAUAUAUGCCUUUACCUGACGCUUCAGUGGACGCUGCUGGAAUCACAUUUGACCCAAACCCAAUAAUUAUGUUUGUGGAUUCUUGGAUAUGUUGUCCAAACAAGUUUGCGUACUUGAGCCAUUUUAUUUCUUUAUUCAAAUGGUUUCAAAAAAGUGAAAUUGGCCUUUGAAUGUUUGACUGUCUGGUUUAGUUUUGUUUUUCAUUCAUUUUUGUAGCCAUUAAGGUUUAUAUUAUUAAGCAAGUACUUCCUGCAAACAGAUUUAUUUGCCUUGUUAAACUUAAAAAUCAGAGUUUAUUUCAUUAUUAAUUGGUUAUUACUAUUUUAUUUUUUGAGCUCAUGGAGAAUAUUGUUGACAUUAGGUCAGUUGUGUUGAAGCUGAAACAGCUGAUAUCACAUUGAUGGCUUUCUGCAGUCAUGUAUUAGGCCUAAGUGAUGUUACGGUAUGUUGAAUUCACUUUUGUUCACAGUUCUAAUAAAAACAAAUAAUAA